UCUUGUCUAUUUAAGUUCUCUUCUUGCCUGACUUGGGUGCUGGUUCCUUGUGUUUUCGCUUGUGUUUCUCACCGAGUGUCUGCCUGUGUUCCUUCCUCUGUUUUGCCUGAGAGUUUGCCCGUGCUUGUUUUUGUCUGCCUGUUCCUGGCCUGCCUGUUUGGCUUCUUGUGAUUUUUGGAUUUUCUGUUUUCUGUUUUUGGGAUUUGCCCUGAGAGGCAUUUUUUGGUUAUCUGCGUUUGUUCUUGAGUUUUUGUAAUUAAAGUCUGUGAAUUUCCCUUUUGGAGUUCUUGGGUUUUCUUCACUCUGCAUUUGGGUCCAUUCCCUCGUCAAUCCGUGACAGGUACCAAAAAGAAAAAAAAGAGAAGAGAAUCAGGAAAGUGGAAUUUUCAAAGUAUUUCUGCAACUUCUUAAAAAAAAAAAAAAAAAAUCCCCUCAUCCGACAAAAGCGAAAGAAAAAGAGUAAAUCAAUUAAUUGGGAUAGGGAUAUUGUUGGUUGGUGUCUAUAGAUCAAUGUCUGUGUAUAUAUAAAUAUAUUAAAAACUCAUGAAAUAAAUUCAGACAUUGUGUAGGCUUAUUUGUCUCGUUGUCAUUGAUUUGAAAUCAGAGCAGAGGUUCCAAUACUUUCGCAUUUAACUGCAUUUUAGAAGGAAAGCAAAUAAAUUUCUUCUAAAAUGUGUAGAUGAACAGCAACAGUCCAACAGCGCAGAAGUUCCUGAAAGGUACUAACAAAACGUGCAGAUAAAAGACAGGGUUGUCGGUAAUGGGGAAGUCUGAACUAACGGUAUGUGUGAGCUCAGGAAAAGGACUUCAGUUCGUUUCGUUCAGUCUCCAUUGCACCAGCUAAGACUCUGCGAAGGGACUCCUGCCUCUGUGAAUGCACCAAAUGUCUUUUCUGUAUUUCUUAAAGUGGAACGACAGCAUGCAGACGUUGGUCUUUUUCAUUUUCCUAAUCGGUCACAGUCAGUCUGACGAAAGCCAACUGUUAGAUGGAAGUGUCAGUAACUUUGCUGUUGUGAACGGUACGGUUUACGUCGCCACGGAUGACAAACUCUACCAGAUGGACAGAAACCUUACCGUUGAAAUAAGAAAGGACACGGCACAACCUAACAGGGUGCAGAUGUUGGUGCCAUUUGAAGAGAACAACACGUUGAUCACCUGUGGAACCUAUGACUGUGGGUACUGUGAUGUGCUAGAUUUGAAAAAUAUUUCAAAAACUGUACAUACAGAACAAAUCUCUGUAGCUUCAGUCUAUCCCAAUGAAUCAUCCCUCGGUUUCCUGGUCGACAUCGGAGGGAGCACAGGUAACACAUACCUUCUGUCCGGAGCGGUGCCAAAAAUGCAUGAGAACUGCAUGUGCGAUAAUUUUUUCAUUACUCUUAGAGACACAAAUGAUUUCCAGGACAGUGGAAUAUUCUCAGCGUCUGAAGAUAAAAACACACCAGAGAUCAAAAGAAGACCAGGGCAGUGGGUGGAUUUGGACUUUGUGGAUGGCUUCCAGUGGAAGAACCACUUUUAUAUAUUCAUUAAUUUCAACAUAAGGAGUCCUCAAUCACGAGUUCGACUACUGACUAUGAAGAGCGAAAAGAAUAAGCGAGAUACACUGAAAUCCUUCAGAGGUACAACCCUCCAGUGCUGCGGGAGCAAAUACUACACACGACUCGCCUCAUCUGCAGUGGUUGGAGGUUCCCCUCUUCUUUGGGCAGGUAUCUUCAAAGUCAGUGACUCGCUCGACCCGGAGAGUACAGCACUAGCCAUUUUCAAUAUCACUCCAAGAGACUCUCCUGGAGGAGAGGAUCCAGAUUUUUUCAUGGAAUCGCGCUCUACUGAAAAUAAGGAAGAGUCAGAAACCGUCGCACCAUUGGCUGUUUACAAGUACCGGUUGAUGACGUCAGUGGCCACCGUGACUGCCAGUUCCUGGCUGGUGUUCUUUAUCGGGACAGCAGAUGGGCAGCUAAUCAAGAUUUCAAUGGACAAGGCCAUGAAACCAACCUGUCCUAUCGUCCUGUACAAAUCUGACGACGACCGUCCUGUGCAUUCCAAAAUGAUUUUGGACCCCAUAGAUAAGAAGCACAUCUACUUGGCAUUGGGAAAUCAGAUGAAGCGGGUGGCCGUGGCUCAGUGCUGGAGGUACGGCAGCAUGAGGGACUGCUGGUUUUCCCAUGAUCCCUUCUGUGGCUGGUGUUCUUCUCAGAGCAGGUGCACAUUUCCUGACGAGUGCCUCACGUCAGCGUGGAUCUCCAUUCCUGAGGGUUCGCUGCAGGAACGAAUGAUUUCCUUCCACGCGGAGGAAACGCCAUCUCGCGAGAAGGUCAUAUUGAAUGUGACAGCUCACCUGAAGGUGGUAGCUACAGGAAGUCCCGCCUUCUCUUGCGCCUUCACCACUGAGCGUGGGGAGAGCCUGUGUGCCGGGUCUGGUGAUACCGCGGCAUUCCCCAGCUGCUCCUGUGUCUUCCUCAGGGACAAGUUUCCUGCAGGAGGCCUGGGUGUAACAGUGAAGAUCACUAUUGACAACCAGAUAGUCUCUGAAUCCUGGAAUUUGAGGAACUGCUCUCUCAUCCAAGGAGGUCCCACAUCUGCCCUGUGCUCAGAGUGUGUGGCAGCUGGCUGCUUGUGGUCUUUCACUCAACACACUUGCUCCUGGAUGCCUUGGUCCUCACAUGAGAGUUACACACAGGGUACAUGUCAGAACUAUCCUUCUGGACUGAAUAUCUCUGAACCAGAAAUUUACUCAAUAACACCAAGUGAAAUAUCCUUCUAUGGAAAAAACUAUGCAACCAUCACAGGGAAAAACCUUGAUCAUGUGACAAAGACACGUAUCCGUGGAGACAUGGACUGCAAUCAGAUGGAGGUUCCAUUCCACAGCCGCUCCAGUGACAGGCUGACGCUGCAUGUUCCGGGUGGGAGCAAGGGCCGAAUGACUGUUUGCGUAGAACUCCCGGACGGGAGGUGUUAUGGGUCGGCCAAGAUCACCUACAGAUCCCUACCGUCCUGCACCGGGCUGUCGCGGGACUCCAGCUGGGCCAGUGGGGGGAGAGCAGUCAGUGUCCUGGGCACAAACCUGCAGUUUGUGGACGGGAUAGAGCAUUUGGACCCCCCACGGACGCUUGGUGUUAAUUUCAGCACUUCGAAUCUCCAGUAUUACACUCCUUCUGUUGGAACUGGAACGAGAAGAGAUGUCACCGUCAGACUGAAGGUUGCAAAUGAAACGAUUGCAUGUGCGACCCUCACCUACCACCCAGAUCCAGAGUUCAUCCGCUUCACUACAUCACCAUCCGGAGAUAAUUUGCGCAUCACUGUUGUGAAAAAAGUGGACAAACUGAACAUAUCCAGGGAGGAACUGGGUAUAUACGCGCUGGAGGGUGAUGUAGAACACAAAUGUCAGCUGGAUAAAAUUAUACCAGGCAAUUCUUCAGGGGUGGAUUCCAUUGACUGUAAAAUUCGCAACAAGCGUGAUGCCAAGAUUGAGUCGGUGAAGAUAUAUUUGGGAAAUCAUCCAUUUGAAGUAAAAGGGCCACAUAAGAGGUCGUUCUUGAUUGCAUUGAUCAUCUGUAGCAUCAUUUUGAUUUUUGCUGGUGCUGCGUGGAUUUACCAUUGCCGUGUGAACAACAGAACGAACACAGACAGAGCCACUGGAUUGUGACAUCAGAAAAGAAAUUUGACCAGUUGGUGGGAUCACAGGCUGCAUCCAUCUUCAGGAUAACUGGCAUAACUGUACUGCAGUCAUUUGCACCUGCCCUGGCAUGACAGUUAGCCAUGUAAAGCAAAACAGUCUAGAGACAGCAAACAUUUAAAAAAUCCUCAAUGCUACAACAUGGAUGGAAU